AUGCCUGAUUUAACUCCACCUCCACCUCCACCAGGAUUAAGUGAUUUUGAAAGUGAUUGGGAGGAUGAAAACAAUGUCCUCAACAACAAUACUAAUUCACUUCCACCACCACCCCCUCCACCAGGAUUUGAGGAUGAAGAUAUAGAGGAAAAACAGAGUCUACUAUCUCCAUCACCACCACCUCCACCACCAGAUCUAGAAGAAAUAAAUUCCUUGGAAUCGCCAUCUCUACCACCGCCUCCAGGGUUUGCUGAUAAUAUAGUAGAUGAUAUUACCCAUACUCUGUCAGAAUCUCGUCCUAAUCAAAAAGCGUUUAGAAAGAAGUCUUCUAAGAGAUCUCAGAAACAAGUUGAGAAUGAAAACAAACGACAAAAACUUGCAAAAAACAAAUUUCUCAAUGCUAAUAAACACCGCAAGAAAUCUUCCAAAACUGGUCUUGUCCAUUCACAUAAAGUUGAUAUGCCUGCUGAACACUUAAGGAAAAUUAUUGAAUCUCACAUGGAUAUGACUUCAAAAAGAUUCAAUUACAAUAAGAGGGCUUAUCUAAAUGCAUUAAAGUAUAUGCCUCAUGCUAUACUGAAACUUUUAGAAUCUAUGCCACAACCUUGGGAACAGAAAAAGGAAGUUCGAGUAUUAUACCAUACAUCGGGUGCUAUCACAUUUGUAAAUGAAUCACCAAGAGUAAUUGAACCUGUAUAUACUUCACAGUGGUCUACUAUGUGGAUUGCCAUGAGAAGAGAAAAAAGGGAUAGACCCCAUUUUAAAAGAAUGAGAUUCCCACCUUUUGAUGAUGACGAUUUACCUUUGUCUUAUUCGGAUUAUAUAAAAGAUAUUGAACCCCCAGAAGCUAUUUCAUUGGAGUUAGAUGAUACUGAUGAUAAAGCUGUGAAAUCAUGGCUUUUUGACAAUAAACCAUUAAUAGACCAUCCCAAAAAUGUACCAGGUAGUGCGUACAAAAAAUGGAAAUUAAAUUUACCUAUUAUGUCAAAUUUAUAUAGAUUAUCAACACCUCUCAGACAUGAAUUAUAUGAUACAAAUAAAGAUUACUUAUUCAAUAUGGAAUCCUUUUUAACAUCCAAAGCACUGAAUACGAGUAUACCUGGGGGACCUAAAUUUGAACCUUUAUAUCCAAAUGAGGAAGAAGAAGAUUACAAUGAGUUUAAUGCAAUUGAUAGAAUAAUUUUCAGAAACCCCAUAAGAAGUGAAUAUCGAAUAGCCUUCCCACAUAUUUAUAAUUCACGUCCAAGAUCUGUAGAAUUACAAAAAUAUCAAGAACCCUUAUUAUGUAUCAUGAAUCGUAAUGAUGAUGAAUUAGAAUUACCAGCAUUUUAUUUUGAUGAAUCCUUGCAUCCUAUUUUGAUAGAUGAUGAUCUUAAAAAAUAUACAAAGGAAAGAGCACAAAAGGAUACAGGAUUCCUGUCGAAUAUACGUCCCUUAAUGGAUAAUGUGAAACUAAAUACCCCUAAUUUGAAGGAUGCAGUUGCAUUAUACAACGCAUCGUUCCCAUUUAAUAGAAGAAGUGGUAAAACUAUAAGAGCACAAGAUGUUGCAUUAGUAAAACAAUGGUAUUUACAACAUCCAGAUGAAGAAUACCCGCUAAAAGUAAAAGUCUCCUAUCAAAAAUUAUUAAAGAACUAUGUCUCCAAUGAGUUGAAACAAAGAAGAAUAAAUAAACGAAGGUCACAGGUUAAAAAUACUCCUCUACUAAAAAGUUUAAGAAAGACAAAGUAUUUUCAACAAACUACAAUUGAUUGGAUAGAGGCAGGUUUGCAACUUUGUAGACAAGGACACAAUAUGUUAAAUCUUUUGAUACAUAGGAGAGGUUUAACUUAUUUACAUUUGGAUUAUAAUUUCAAUCUCAAACCUACCAAAACUUUAACAACUAAGGAGAGAAAGAAAUCUAGAUUCGGGAAUACGUUUCAUUUAAUUAGGGAACUACUAAAAAUGAUUAAAUUAAUAGUUGACACCCAUAUUCAAUAUCGUUUGGGCAAUAUAGAUGCAUAUCAAUUAGCUGAUGGGUUGUAUUAUAUUUUGAAUCAUGUUGGUCAAUUGACUGGUGUAUAUCGUUACAAAUACAAAGUUAUGCACCAAAUUCGUGCAUGUAAAGAUCUUAAACAUGUUGUUUAUUACCGAUUUAAUAAGAUUAUUGGAAAAGGUCCAGGUUGUGGAUUUUGGCAACCUGCGUGGAGGGUAUGGAUAUUUUUUAUAAGAGGUAUCAUUCCUUUGCUGGAGCGUUGGCUAGAUAACUUACUAAUUCGUCAGUUCGAAGGUCGUAGCAACGAAGUUAUUAAAUCCACAACAAAACAAAGAUCAGAUGCAUAUUACGAUUUGGAACUUAGAGCAUCUGUAAUGAACGAUAUAUUGGAUAUGAUCCCAGAAGGAAUCAGACAAAACAAAGCUAGAACUAUUUUACAACACCUAAGUGAAGCAUGGCGUUGCUGGAAAGCUAACAUUCCAUGGGAUGUUCCUGGUAUGCCUAAACCUAUUAAAAAUAUUAUUGAACGUUAUAUUAAAGCCAAAGCUGACGGAUGGGUCUCAUCUACUCAUUACAAUAGAGAAAAAAUUAAAAAAGGUGCACAUAUUGAAAAGACUGUUGUCAAAAAAAAUCUAGGGAGACUGACUCGUUUAUGGCUAAAAAACGAACAAGAGAGACAGCAACAGAUUGAAAAAAAUGGUCCUGAGAUAACUCCAGAACAAGCUUCUAGUAUAUUUUCAACCAUGGUAGACUGGCUAGAAUCUAGAGAGUUUUCACCAAUUCCAUUUCCCCCAUUAACUUAUAAAAACGACACCAAAAUUCUAGUUCUUGCUCUAGAAAACUUAAAGGAUGUUUAUUCAGCAAAGGUUCGUUUGAAUACUAUUGAGAGAGAAGAGUUAGCUUUAAUUGAAGAGGCAUAUGAUAACCCUCAUGAUACAUUGAAUAGAAUAAAAAAAUAUCUUUUAUCACAAAGGGUAUUUAAACCGGUUGAUAUAUCUAUGACCGAACAUUAUCAGUACGUAUCACCAGUUUAUACUGUAGACCCCCUAGAAAAAAUUACAGACGCAUAUUUAGAUCAAUAUCUGUGGUACGAAGCAGAUAAAAGGAAUUUGUUCCCAAAUUGGAUAAAACCCAGUGAUGAAGAAAUCCCACCAUUACUAGUUUAUAAAUGGUGUCAAGGUAUCAACAAUGUAUCUGGUAUUUGGGAUAUUGAUAACGGUGAAAGUACAGUUCUACUUGAGACAACUUUAGAAGAAUUAGCUGAAAAAAUUGAUUUUACUGUACUUAACAGACUACUGCGUUUAAUUAUGGAUCCGAAUUUGGCAGACUACAUAACUGCAAAAAAUAAUGUUGUUAUCAACUUUAAAGAUAUGAGUCAUGUUAACAAAUAUGGGCUAAUAAAAGGUCUUCAGUUUGCAUCAUUUGUUUAUCAGUAUUAUGGUUUAAUAAUUGACUUGUUAAUUUUAGGUCAAGACAGAGCGACUGAUUUUGCUGGCCCAGUUAAUCAACCUAAUGCAUUUAUGCAAUUUAAGAGUAAGGAAGUAGAAUUAAAUCAUCCUAUUAGGCUUUAUUCAAGAUAUAUGGAUAAAAUACAUAUAUUAUAUCACUUUGAAGAAGAUGAUGCUGAAGAGUUGACAGAUGAUUAUUUAGCUGAAAACCCUGAUCCAAAUUUUGAAAAUGCCGUAGGAUAUAAUAAUAAAAGAUGCUGGCCAAGAGAUACUAGAAUGAGAUUGAUGCGCUCAGAUGUCAAUCUUGCAAGAGCAAUAUUUUGGGAUGUUACAGGAAAGGUUCCACAGUCAUUAGCAAAUAUUGUCUGGGAAAAAUCAUUUGUCUCAGUAUAUAGUAGACAUAAUCCUAACUUAUUAUUCGAGAUGUGUGGUUUUGAAGUUCGUAUAUUACCAAAAUCAAGAUCUGAUGAGGUUUUAAGUAAUGCUGAAGGUGUAUGGGAUCUAAUUAAUGAAGAAACUAAGCAACGUACUGCAAAAGCAUUUCUGAAAGUUUCCGAUGAACAAGUCAAACAUUUUGAAGGAAGAAUUCGUGGUAUAUUAAUGUCUGCAGGUUCAUCAACUUUUACUAAGAUUGCAUCUAAAUGGAAUACAGCAGUUAUAUCUCUUUUUACAUAUUUUAGAGAGGCUAUUAUUGCAACUGAAUCAUUACUAGACAUACUGGUUAAAUCAGAAACAAGAAUACAGAAUAGGGUUAAACUAGGUCUUAAUUCAAAAAUGCCUACGCGUUUUCCUCCAGCGGUAUUCUACACUCCUAAAGAACUUGGUGGAUUGGGUAUGAUUAGUGCAUCACAUAUAUUGAUUCCAACAUCUGAUUUAACAUGGUCUAAACAGACAGAUACUGGAAUCACUCACUUUAGAGCCGGUAUGACACACCAAGAUGAAAAAGUCAUUCCAACUAUUUUCAGAUAUAUUACAACAUGGGAAAAUGAAUUUUUGGACUCCCAAAAAGUAUGGGCUGAAUAUGCUGCUAAAAGAGAAGAAGCGAUUGAACAAAAUCGUAGAUUAGGUUUCGAAGAACUAGAAGGAUCAUGGGACCGAGGUAUUCCUCGUAUUAGUACUUUGUUCCAAAAAGAUCGUCAUACCUUAGCUUAUGAUCGUGGUCACAGAAUUCGUAAAGUUUUUAAACAAUAUAGUUUGGAAAGAAAUAGUCCAUUUUGGUGGACAAAUUCUCAUCAUGAUGGUAAACUUUGGAAUUUAAAUGCAUACCGUACGGAUGUAAUCCAAGCUCUUGGUGGUAUAGAAACUAUUUUAGAACACACAUUGUUCAAAGGUACAGGUUUCACAUCGUGGGAAGGAUUAUUCUGGGAGAAAGCAUCGGGCUUUGAGGAUUCUAUGCAAUUCAAAAAAUUAACCCAUGCUCAAAGAACAGGUCUUUCGCAAAUUCCCAAUCGUCGUUUUACUCUAUGGUGGUCUCCUACAAUUAAUAGAGCAAAUGUGUAUGUCGGUUUUGUUGUUCAACUUGAUCUUACAGGUAUAUUUUUACACGGUAAAAUUCCUACAUUAAAAAUCUCCCUAAUUCAGAUCUUUAGAGCUCACUUAUGGCAGAAGAUUCAUGAAAGUAUCGUGUUUGAUAUAUGUCAAAUACUAGACGGUGAGAUGGAUAUUUUACAGAUAGAAUCAGUUAAUAAGGAAACCAUACACCCUCGUAAAUCUUAUAAGAUGAAUUCAUCGGCAGCCGAUAUAACUUUAGAAUGUUUACAUCAGUGGAAUGUUUCAAAACCAUCUUUACUACAUACAACUAAUGAUAAAUUUACUUCCUUUACUACAAACAAAAUGUGGUUUGAUGUUCAAUUAAGAUAUGGUGAUUAUGAUUCCCACGAUAUUUCACGUUAUGUUCGCGCUAAGUUUUUAGAUUAUACAACGGAUAAUGUAAGUAUGUAUCCAUCUCCUACGGGUGUAAUGAUCGGCAUUGAUUUAGCAUACAAUAUGUAUGAUGCUUACGGUAACUGGUUUAGUGGUUUGAAACCACUGAUUCAAAAUGGUAUGAAAACUAUUAUGAAAGCUAAUCCUGCACUUUACGUUCUAAGAGAACGUAUUAGAAAAGGUUUACAAAUUUACCAAUCCAAUAUUCAAGAACCAUAUUUAAGUUCUUCUAAUUAUGCGGAGUUAUUCAAUAAUGAUAUUAAGUUAUUUGUAGAUGACACUAAUGUAUACCGUGUCUCUGUCCAUAGAACAUUUGAGGGUAAUGUUGCAACGAAACCUAUCAAUGGUUGUGUUUUCAUUUUGAAUCCUAAAACUGGUCAUCUAUUUUUAAAAAUUAUUCAUACUUCAGUGUGGUCGGGUCAAAAACGUUUAAGUCAACUUGCAAAAUGGAAGACUGCUGAAGAAGUUAGUGCGUUGAUUAAAUCUUUACCCAGAGAAGAACAACCAAAACAGAUCAUUGCAACAAGAAAAGCAAUGUUAGACCCAUUAGAAGUUCAUAUGCUUGAUUUUCCAAACAUUGCUAUUAGGCCUACCGAAUUGAAACUACCAUUCUCUGCUGCACUCUCGAUUGAUAAAUUAUCAGAUGUUGUUUUAAAAGCUACAGAACCUCAGAUGGUGUUAUUUAAUAUAUAUGAUGAUUGGACCAAAAGUGUGUCGUCUUACACCGCGUUUUCACGUUUAAUUUUAUUACUUCGUGCUUUAAAAACAGAUGAGGAAAAGGCUAAAAUGAUUCUUUUACGUGAUCCCACUAUUGUAAUCAAGCCUAAUCAUUUGUGGCCAUCAUUCACUAGUGACCAAUGGAUUCAAAUCGAAACAGAAAUGCGUGACUUAAUUCUAGAAGCGUAUGGUAAAAAAUAUAAUGUUAACAUUGCUGCAUUGACACAGACAGAAAUCAAAGAUUUAAUUCUUGGUCAAAAUAUCAAAGCACCAUCAGUUCAGAGACAGAAAAUGGCUGAGUUAGCAGCAGCAAGAGCCGAAGAUAGAAGAAGUGGUGAAGAAACAAGCCAUGCUACUACUACUAUGAAAACAAAAACACUUAAUGCGCAAGGUGAAGAAAUUGUUGUUGUUACGUCAUCUAAUUAUGAAAACCAGACAUUCACAUCUAAAAAUGAAUGGAGAGAGAAUGCAGUUGCUAAUAGUCUAUUAUAUUUAAGAUUGAAAAACAUUUACAUCUCAUCAGAUGAAUUUAUCGAAGAGAAAAAUAUUUAUGUUUUACCAAAGAAUAUUUUACAAAAAUUUAUUGAAAUAUCUGAUGUUAAAAUUCAAAUUGCUGUUUAUUUAUUCGGUAAAUCUCCAAAAGAUCACCUUAACAUCAAAGAAAUUCGAACGGUCGCGUUAGUUCCUCAAUUAGGCACGCACAAAUAUGUACAAUUGAGUAAAAUACCAGAUCGGACAAUAUAUCCAAAUUUGCAAGGAUUAGAAUUACUUGGUUGGAUGCAUACUCAAGACAAGUCACUAAAAUUUAUGUCUCCUUAUCACGUUUCCACUCAUGCUAAUAUGUUUGAAAAUCAUAUGAAGUGUGAUCCAGUGAAUAUCACUGUAUGUUCUCAACCGGGUUCCAUAUCUGUUUCUGCUUAUACUUUAAGUGACGAGGGUAUAGCUUGGGGUUUAAAUAACAAAGAAGUUAUCGAUGAUAUGCCUUCAACUUUUGAACCAACAUAUAGCGUACAUGCACAGUUGUUAUUAUCAGAUCGUAUUAUGGGUAAUUUCAUGAUCCCCUCUGAAGAUAUGUGGAAUUACUCAAUGAUGGGUGCUGCAUUUAAUGCAGAACUAGAUUAUAACUUAGAAUUGGGUAUACCCAUCGAGUUCUACAAUGAGUUGCACCGUCCAGUACACUUUUUGCAAUUUAAUCAAUUGACGGGUAAUGAAGAACUUGAAGCAGAACAAGAAGAUUUGUUUGCAUAA